GUCACUUUCAUUUUGCAGUUUUGGAGAGACCGUAUAAUGUACUGCAGGUCUUGGUCUCAGGAUGGGAACUCUCGUUAACAGGACACCGCGGCCGUUCCCCGACAGAGCAGUGUGUCAGUUGACGAUGAAUGAGCAGGAGAGUGGGGUGGUCUCCUUUGAUGAGUAUGUGCGGCAGAAGGCCCGCACUGUGCCUCAGCACAGGAUGAAGGAGUUCUUGGACUCUCUCGCCAAGGGCUCAGAGGUGCUGCAGGAGUUCAGCCAGCAGGGAGGGGCAGCCACCACCUCCACCACCACCACAGCCAUGGUGUACCAGCAGCAGGGCACCAACUGCAUCUACACAGACAGCACGGAGGUGGCUGGCUCGCUCCUAGAAUUGGCUUGUCCGGUACAGGUGGCCCCGGCAGACAUUUCACCUCAUCUGUCUGUGCAUCAAGAGUCUGAACAGCAGCUUCAAGUGCAGGUUCAGAUUGAGGAACAGCAGGCCCAAGCAGUUGGCCAGGUUCUUCAGGUGGCAUCCCCAUCUCAGCAGGACCUGCAAGGAAUUUCAGCAGCCCAGCUUGUCCAGCAGGGAGAGCUCACAGAGGAGCAGCAGCAGCAGAUUCAGGCGCAGUUGGUGGCAGCUGUAGCUGGUGGUCAACAAAUCCAUUUGUCAAGUGGCCAGCAAAUCCAGGUACAAGGAACACAGCAUAUUCAGCUGCCAGGGGGCCAGCAAAUUCAACUUAAGGCUGGCCAACAAAUUCAGCUACAGGGUGGCCAGCAGAUUCAGCUACAGGGUGGCCAACAGAUUCAGCUACAGGGUGGCCAGCAGAUUCAGCUACAGGGUGGUCAACAGAUUCAGCUACAGGGUGGCCAACAGAUUCAGCUGCAGAGUGGCCAACAAAUUCAGCUACCUGGAGGGCAACAGAUCCAGAUCCAGACCAUAGAGGCCAUGUCUCCUUCACAACAGCAGGACUCUCUCAGGGAGGCAGAGAGGAGGUCUGCCACUGUCUCAACUGUUCUCCAACCUGCCAAGAAGCGUAAGGUUGACGUCCCUCUAGCUGUAUCAUAUGCCGUUCAACAGGGCCAACAAGUGGCCACAGUUCUAGCCAUCCCUCAAGGGCAGCAGCAAAGCUAUGUGUCCCUGCGACCCGAUUUGCUCACUGUUGACAGUACUCAACUGUAUAGCACUACAGGAACUAUCACUGGCCCCACAGGAGAGACCUGGACCAUCCCUGUGUAUUCCACCCCACAGCAGCAGGGUGUGACUCACAUUGCCAUACCACAGGAGACAUACAGCACAGUUCAAGUUACCACCACCAACGGCAAGGACAGAAUGUCCCCCAGUUCCUCAUCAAGGUCUGCAGAUGUGCAGUCAGCCUCCGUUGGGACACAGGAAGAAAUAGUACAGACCCUGUUCCCCGCACAGUUCAUGAACGGGAACAUUCACAUCCCUGUGGCACUGCAGACUGUAGGAGGGACUUACAACACUACACAGUCGGUACACAUAUGGGAUCAAAAUCAACAGCAGAGCCAAGGAGAAGAGGGACAAGAACAGCAGCUCCAUCUGCAGGGUCACAUAGAGACAGAAGCUCAUGCUGAACCUCCUACAGAGAUUUUGGUUCCGGUCUGUCUAAAGCCAGAGGAAGGCCUAGAGGUCUGGCGCCUUUGGGCGCAGCGAAAAAAUGCAGAGCUAAACAAGCAGGAAAAGACAAAGCUUGCACCUAUAGGACGUCGUCAGCCACUGCGUUUUCAAGAAGACUUGGUGUCCAGUGCCGUAGCUGAGCUGAACUUGGGUCUUUCCCUGAUGACGCAGGAGGCACGAGGAUCUGAUGGGGAAGAAUUUGGAUCUGAUGUUCUGUAUUAUGUUUUCUUAUGUAUACAGAAGUAUCUCAGCGAAAAUGGACGUGUGGAUGAUAUUUUCUCUGAUCCAUAUUACACACGUUUUUGUGAGUGUUUACACAAAAUCCUGUAUGGUUGGAAACCCAGUGUCCAUCCAUUAGGUUAUGUCAUUCCAAGUCAUGUGACAGAGGAGAUGCUUUGGGAAUGUAAACAGCUUGGUGCACAUUCACCAGCCACAUUGCUCACAACUCUAAUGUAUUUCAACACUAAGCAUUUCCGCCUGACAACACCUGAACAGCACCUGAAAGUAGCUUUCACAAAGGUCCUUAGACACACGAGGAAGAACCCUGCUAAUGCCAAGGACAAAGCAACCAGUAUCCGCCUUCUCAAAGGACAAGGGACACACAUUGCAGGACAGAAAGGAACAGAUGAAAUGUAUGAAGAGCAGUCUGAAGAUCCUGAAAAUCCUCUUCGCUGUCCCAUCAAACUUUAUGACUUUUAUCUCUUUAAAUGUCCUCAAAGUGUUAAAGGACGUAACGAUGCAUACUACAUGACUCCAGAGCCCGUCGUUGCACCCAACAGCCCAAUGUGGUACUCGUCUCAGCCCCUCACAAGUCAGCAGGUAGAGCACGUGCUGUCCCGCAUCAUUGUGGUCCGAGAGAUCCAGGAGAUCAUCAACGCCAGUCCAGAAAACAUGAGCUAAACUGAAAGGACUGACUGGACUCAUGGGAACUACUUCUCCAGCCAACUGUUGACUAUGCAGUAUCCAUCCUAACUCUGUAAACCUCAACGACCAUAUUGAAUCAAAUGGAACAACUUCUGAAACAAUCAUCAUUAUCUUUCUCUGAGGAGUGUCAGGACAGGAAGGAUUUUUUUCUCCUCUUACAUUUUCUGUUUCCAUCUGAUGUGGUGGGGCUGUUCUUUCUCUUGACCACCUUUUGUAAGCCAUUGCUUCUGUAACCUUUUGGCAAGUGUGGGAGUCAUUAGUCUCACCACUGCUGGACAAUGAUUGACCUCCUGGGCUGUUUUUCUCUGAGCUCACCUGAGGUGGAAAUGUUCUUGUCAGUCAGUCUUAUCAGUAUGAUAUGAGGAUAUUUAACCAUUCACUAGUUAACCUCAGACCUUAAAUCACAUCUUACAUCUUUUCAAAGUCCCUCAUCUUAGUGGACAAUUACAGGGACCAUUUCCACAGCCUUUUUGUAUACUGACUGCAUUUUGGAUCAUGUAACUAUAUGUUCAAAGCUGACGAAUUCGUGCCUGUUUCUCAAAAACGUCAUAAUUUAUGCUUGUGGAUCACUGAGUGAGCUGAACCUCAGGCAUUCACAAGGUCAAGUGCUAUAUUGUAGUCAUUCGGGAGGUUGGAAACAUUUUUCUCAGGUCAAAGCUAGUGAUUGAAACACCCAUCAAGGAUAUUUGCCAUUGUAUUCCUGUCUGUACAGAAGGUGAUUAAACAGGAUAUGCAAAUGGUAACAUCUUUGUUUAGCUAACAUAGCAUUAAUCCUUGCAUCAAAAGUCAUGUCAAGCAAGUCAGAAAUGAGAAAAUGAAGUAUUUAGCACCAUGUUGUCUAUGGAAGUGUUGACAUUUGACAUAAGGAUUAGGUGUGGGCUUUUGUCACAACAACAGCAUCCGUGGCCUAGUGGUGCCUCCUUUGAAAUGACAUGUAUGUUUGGAUGAACUACAGUGACAAAAAUAGUUGAUACAGUUCUCUGCUGUUUAUUACUAAAAUGAGUUGUAAACCACUGAA